AUGUCACUGCCGCUACGACAUGCUUUGGAGAACGUCACUUCUGUUGACAGAAUUCUGGAGGACUUAUUAGUACGUUUCAUUAUAAAUUGCCCGAAUGAAGAUUUAUCGAGUGUCGAAAGAGAAUUGUUUCAUUUUGAAGAGGCCUCAUGGUUUUACACGGAUUUUAUCAAGUUGAUGAACCCGACUCUACCUUCUUUAAAGAUUAAAUCGUUCGCUCAAUUAAUUAUAAAACUAUGUCCUCUGAUUUGGAAAUGGGAUAUAAAAGUGGACGAGGCGCUUCAGCAAUUCUCCAAAUAUAAGAAGAGUAUACCAGUGAGAGGUGCUGCGAUUUUCAAUGAGAAUUUGAGUAAGAUUUUACUAGUACAAGGUACCGAGUCUGAUUCCUGGUCAUUUCCAAGGGGUAAAAUAUCUAAAGAUGAAAACGACAUAGACUGUUGUAUUAGAGAAGUCAAAGAAGAAAUUGGUUUUGAUUUGACGGACUAUAUUGAUGAGAACCAAUUCAUCGAAAGGAAUAUUCAAGGAAAGAAUUACAAGAUUUUUUUAAUCUCAGGUGUUUCGGAAAUCUUCAACUUUAAACCUCAGGUUAGAAAUGAAAUUGAUAAAAUAGAAUGGUUUGACUUCAAGAAAAUUUCCAAAACAAUGUAUAAAUCCAAUAUAAAGUACUAUCUCAUUAAUUCUAUGAUGAGACCUUUGUCAAUGUGGUUAAGACAUCAGAGGCAAAUAAAAAAUGAAGAUCAAUUAAAAUCUUAUGCAGAAGAACAAUUGAAGCUGUUGCUGGGUAUUACUAAGGAGGAACAAAUUGAUCCUGGUAGGGAGCUAUUAAAUAUGUUACAUACUGCAGUGCAAGCAAACGGCAAUAAUAGCGCGGUCCCUAAUGAACAAGUAACUUCGAAUGAAGAAUUUCAGCACCCACAAGAACAACCAGAAGAACAAGAUCAGCAAAAGAACCAGCAAUUAUCGUUCCCUCCUCAACAACAACAACCUUCAGUCUUUCCUUCUCUUUCAGAACCAUUUGCUAGCAAUAGUAUCAUACCACCUACUAUGCCAAUGGCCAACGCCUUCGUGUCAAAUCCACAAUUGUUUGCAACUAUGAAUGGUAAACCAUUUGCUCCUUUCCCGUUUAUGUUACCACUGAAUAACAGCAAUGGUGGCAACGCUCAUCCAACACAGAUGCCUCCUAAUUACAACACUCCACCAAAUCCAAUAGCUUUUGGUGUCCCAAACAUGCACAACCUUUCCAGACCAACCGUAUCUCAACCUUUUCCCCUACCUCCCGCUCCUUUGACAACAGGCUCUAAUUACAAUGGCUCUUCUCCAGGACAGUUAUUAAACUUACUACAUUCAAAAAAGCCUAAUGAUGCCGUACAAUCGAGUAACAAGCCAAAAUUGAAAAUAUUACAAAGGGGAACAGACUUGAAUUCAAUAAAGUCACAACAUCCUGAUGAAUCCGCCCAUCCAAAUUCUCAGGCUUUGCUUGAUUUGUUGAGAAACCCAACUUCAUCGCAGAAAACACAGCCUUCCACAGUAGAAACUUCAUCCCUUCCAAAUGACCCUGCGUCUGUUAUGCAACAAGGAGAAUAUGAGGAUUUUGAAAGUAGUUCAGAUGAAGAUAUGCAGCCAACCAAAGAUGAAAGAGAUUCGUCAGAUGUGGAAGUCAACAUCAUCUCGAGUGAAAAGGACAGUCGAAGAAGACAAAAGAAAGAUCCACAAAAUAAUGCAAAGAAAUUUAGUACAAAUGCGUCUGCGGAAUCUGAUAUUGUAGAAUGGAGACCUAGUAAAUCGUCAUCUCAUGAUAAGCAGAGUUCACCAAUAGGAGUUUCAAAUUCGUAUAGUCAAGAAACGCACACCAGUGAUAGCUGUGCAUAUGAAGCUUUUGAAAGCAGUUCUGACGAAGAGGAUGGAAAAAAAUUAGAAGAAUUGGAACAGAAUCAUGAUAACUCCAAAUUAAUUAACCAAGAUAUCUUGAAGGAGAAUAAUUUCCAAGAUGGCGAAGUGCCUCAUAGAGAUAUGUCCACUGACAGUAACAAAUCUCUAAAUGAAACUGCAGGAUUUUCGUCAUCAACCAAUACUAUAAAAAAGAUGCCUAAAGUUAAGAUACUUAAGCGUGGUGAAACAUUCGCCAGCCUAGCUAACGAUAGGAAGACUUUUGAUUCAAGCUCUAAUAUGUCAUCGUCAAAGGAUUUAUUGCAAAUGUUACGAAACCCAAUUUCUUCCACUGUUUCUUCAAAUCAACAAUCACCGAAAUCUCAACAUCCAAAUGGUGAAGAUGAAAUCAUGAUGAUGCUGAAAAGAAAUUCUGUUUCAAAAGCUGAAAAUAUCGAAGAAACUGCGUCGACGUCUUCAAAUAAGAAUGAUGGAAACGCAAGUGAGCUAUUAGGAAUACUGAGACCGAAGGGCAAGGAUGUUACUUCGUCAGAACAUCCUGGUAUUAAAGACGUGUCCAUAGAAGAAAACAAUCCAGCAAAGGGUUUGUUGAGCAUCCUGAAAAAUAAGGAUUUUGAAAGGAAGCCUCACACUGAGGAUAAACAAUCAAAUGAAUUUCAAGCACUAAAACAUGAAGUGGUUACAGAAAAUGAAAAAUUUAAUAAUACUCCUCCAGAGUUACUGAACUUUUUCAACCCCAAUUCUCCUAAUAGCGGAUACGGAAAGAUUUCUAGUGAAGAUAAUUCUUAUAAACUUCCGAAUAUAUUACAUGAUAAUAAAAGUAGCAGCACUUUCAAUAAUAGUGUAUAUGCAACACCAACCGAAAUUCCUACAGCCACCACAGGCGGUUACCCCAUGAUGCCUAUCAGCAACGAGAAUUCUUCAAAUAAGUUACUUAGUAUGCUGCAGAAUAGGCCUGGCACUAUACAUGAGUCAAAUUUUGAUGUCCGUUCGAAUGGAACUUCGGGGUCUAAUGAGUUAUUGAAUAUUUUGCAUAGGAAAUAA